AUUAAUAACUGUGUCGGAGAACUCAAUCAGAAAUACUUCAUUCAAUUCCUUAUAUACACAGGGACGGCUUGUACUUAUGUAAUCAUUUCAAUCAUUGUGGCGUUCCUUAGAUCCAAACUGGAUUCACACCAAAGAAUGAUACACACGAGUGUAUUACUCAUUGAAGCCCUGCUAUUCGGUCUGUUUGUGGUGGCAGUGCUCACGGAUCAGUUUCAGGCCAUUUGUGCCAAUGAGACCGCGAUUGAUAGGUAUUUGACUCAACACUCAUCCAAAGCAAACAAAACCCAAAAUAAGACUAAACUCAAGUCCAAGAAAUUAAUGGCA